AUGAUACUUGAUAAAGAGACAUUUGAUGAAGCAAUCCAGACUCUAAAUAGCAUCUACAUUCAACCAAAGAAUGAGGUGUUUGCUAGGCACAGGCUAGCUACUUGCAAACAAGAGCAAGGUCAAACGAUAGACGCCUACAUGCAGAAAUUAAUAAUUCUAUCCAAAGAUUGCAACUUCAAAGCGGUGACUGCUGAACAACACCGAGAAGAGGCGAUUAGAGAUUCGUUUAUCAAUGGACUAGUGUCCAACAGCAUUCGAAAACGUCUUCUUGAAAAGACUGUUUUGAGUUUAAAGGACGCCUUCGAGGAGGCUAGCUUACUAGAACAUGCUUAUCAGCGCUCAUUACAGUAUGAAUCAUCACAGCCGGAAACUAAUUGCGCGGCAACUACUCUCACCAAUUCUUCGGCCUCACCCUUGCCAAAUGUAACAAUUCCUCAAAAUGCAUUAGAUUGCAAUUGUUACUUUUGCGGCAGGGCUAAGCAUCGCCGCUCUCAAUGCCCUGCAAGUGAAGCCACAUGCAAUCAGUGCUUCAAAAAGGUUCACUUUCAAAGAGUUUGCAAAUCUAGAUCUUCAACAGUUUCGGCUAUCGCUACUGUGCAGCCUUUGAAUUUAAACAAAUCUACAAUACCAAAAUUUGCAUCAACAACGUGCCAUUGA